ACAGGAGCAGGAAUGUCGUCCACGACGGCGAUUAAGUCUCGAAGUGAAAACGAUCUCGCGAUUUUAGAGAGCAACACCGUAAAUGAAGUUACGCCGCUGUUAAAAAGAUCCAGGUCCGGGAGGCUGAAGGGCGAGCGGGAAGGUUCUUUCCAUCAUCAUAUUCCGAUGAGGGGGGAGUUUCUGAUAGAAGAGCCGAGUUUUCGACAGAGCUACAGGACCACUACCACUGGUGGGAGAGGUGGGCAUCAGUAUGACAGUCGACAUGGUGGUCGUGACGGCCAUGGCAAUAGCACUACCCAGUACAAAAAUUCAAGAUCCUCCAAACGCAGUAAGCACAAACCGAUGAAGCCAGCG